GCGGUGCGCGCUGUCCCGCCGGAGCGGAGCGGAGAGGAGAGGACAGGCCUGGCCAUGGCCACCGAGCCGGGCGGGCCCCGGGCCACCACGCCGGGCCAGCAGCUCCGUGCCCUCUUCUACGUGCUGCCUCCCGGGGAGAGCUCCUUCCGCACGGUGGAGGAGGUGCCUGACUACGUGGAGAAGAGUAUUCCAUUCUUCAUUACUUUUAUUGGGCUGGAAUUUGCUGUCAGYUGGAUUCAGAAGCGUAAGCUGCCGGGUCGGAUCAACGACGGCAUAAGUUCUCUUUCCUUAGGUAUCCUGUCCCGACUCCCAGAUGUUUUAUUCAGAAGUAUUGACUUAAUUAGUUACAUAUACGUAUGGAAUAACUACAGACUGUUUGAACUGCCCUGGGACUCACCAUGGACAUGGUAUUUGACACUUCUGGGAGUGGACUUGGCAUACUACUGCUUUCAUCGCAUAAGCCAUGAGGUUAAUAUACUGUGGGCUGCACACCAAGUACACCAUAGUUCAGAAGAUUACAAUUUAUUCACAGCCUUGAGACAAUCUGUACUGCAGAAAUACACCUCCUGGAUGUUCAACUUGCCCAUGGCUCUUUUCAUUCCCCCUUCGGUGUUUGCUGUUCAUUUGCAGUUUAAUCUGCUUUACCAGUUUUGGAUACAUACAGAGGUUAUCACCAAACUUGGGCCUCUGGAAUGGAUUCUUAAUACUCCCAGUCAUCACAGAGUUCAUCAUGGAAGAAAUCCUUACUGCAUUGACAAAAAUUAUGGUGGCACUCUCAUUAUCUGGGACAGGAUAUUUGGAACAUUUGAGGCUGAAGAUGCAAAAGUUGUAUACGGCUUAACACAUCCAGUAAAUUCAUUUGAUCCCAUCAUGCUCCAGUUACGUCCCUUGGCUCAUAUUUGGAACACGUUUUGGGCCACACCUGGAUUCUGCAAUAAGCUUUCUGUCAUAUUCAAAGGGCCAGGCUGGGGACCAGGCAAACCUAGACUUGGCCUUCCUGAGGAAAUCCCGGUGAUCACUGGAAAAGAAGUUCCCUUCAAUCCRCCUGUACCAGCUUAUCUUAACUGCUAUGCACUUGUACAUUUUGCUAUAAUAGUGGACUUGUACACCGAACUUCUUGCUUCUGUGACUAUGCUAUCACAAGGAACAGUUCUCCUGAGAAUUGCUUUUAUCAUUCUGUCCCUGGCAUCUUUUGGACUACUUAUGGAGAACAAGUCCAAAGCAGGAAUUUUGGAAAUCAUCCGCUGUUUAGUCUUCAUAGGUGUUUACAAAUUUGGCUACUUCAGAAGUCAGUUUUCAUUCUUGGGCCAUGCAUAUGAGGUCUUGUUUUCCCUCUGUGCUGCAUUCUGGGGAAUCCAGYUGAUGAAGCAGAUCACUUCAUUCAAAGAUAAACAUCACUGAAGGAGCAGAUCUAACAUGACCUUAAAUAUGGAAACAGCACUUUAGAAUAACCUUCUAARUUCCUUGGAAUUAAUCAACCAUGAAUCUUGCUGAAUUGCAGUCAGUUCACUUAUGAUACGAGAGAUUUGUGAUUUAUAUAUGAAGGUUUGAAURAUUCCUAAGGGGGUAUAUUCAUUUUGAUUUGAUUUUUU